GCUAUUGGUACAAAAAGGAGCGGAAGCUUGUCCAGCUGGCUUAACAGGCCUUAAUCCAGCGGCCCAAGAAAUGGCUCAAUCCUACCCGCUUUAGGUAUCAGGCAGACCAAAACCGCAAUCUAUUUAAUAAAUUCGAUCAAUCACGAAAUUUGAUUCCAUUAUCCCUCUAGAAGAAGGAAAAGAAGAUUUUUUUUAUCGAAUUUUGAUUUCGUGGAAGAGCCGAAGAAACAAGGAUGCUUCAAAUCCGACUAAGUAAGGGCCCAUCAUCUGACGCUGGUGGCUCCGUGAAGCCCUUGCCAACAGAAACGGUGACGGUGGCUUGCCCCGACCACCUCGUUCUCGCCGACCUUCCAGUUGCCAAGAGCAUUGGCGCCGCUACUUCAUCCUCCCUCGUGAAGACCGUCGGUCGUAAAUCCCGCCGCCAGCUUGGUGAGCGAGUCCACUUCUGCGUUCGCUGCGAUUUUCCUAUAGCGAUCUACGGCCGCUUGAGUCCUUGUGAGCAUGCCUUCUGCCUCGAUUGUGCAAGGAGUGAUUCAAUUUGCUAUCUUUGUGAUGAACGUAUACAGAAGAUUCAAACAAUCAAGAUAAUGGAGGGGAUCUUCAUCUGUGCGGCCCCUCACUGUCUUAAGUCGUUUUUGAAGAAGACUGAAUUUGAAUCUCAUAUCCAUGAGAGCCAUGCUGACCUUUUACAGCCUACUGCAGAGAAGGAAGAUGGUAAAGAAUCAGGGGUUCAGAGUGGUAAGCAACCUACAGGUUCAGAUUCCACUGUUCGAGCUCCUCCAAGGCCUGCAAUUUCUCCUGGUUCAAACCCCCAGGUCCAUGAUAUUGAAGACAAAGCUCGUUGGCAGCAGCCCAGAGAACAAUUGCCUCCAAGGCCAAUGAUGCAGACAAAGGGGCCUCCAGUAUUUGGUCAAUUGCAGAAUUAUUCAUCAGAGCCCCAACCGGACAAUAGCCAUCCCCCUGGCUUUGACAGGCCUGGCCCUUACAACCUCUUCCAACAAGGCUUUGACAAACAGGGCACCCCACAACCAGAAUCUAGUCAGUUUUCAGACAAGCAGCAGGGACUUUUGUCUGAGACCCAGUUUUCUGAAUACCAACCUAUGCCUUCCAUGCAACCACCUAAUUAUGUUAUUCCAAUGAAUUCAAACCCUAUGUUAACUCCAUACGGUGUUCCUCCAUUUCCAACUGAUGGAGCUCAACCAUUUUAUGGUGCUCCCUUUGAGAUGGCUCGGCCGAGCUCAGCACCAGAUGUUGGUUCCGAACAGGGGUCAUUGUUGGGUUUCCCACCAGGCCCAAUUGGGGGUUUAAAUUACCCUGCAGCUUAUCCUCAGCCUUGGAAUGGAGGGCAACCUGGUGUCCAUUUUGAAGCUACGCCAGGUGGUCAUAUGAUGGGGGACGGUUUUGCAAAUUAUCAAGGUGAUUAUGGGCGAAAUCCUGGAGUUUUACCAUUGAUUCCUGCCCCACCAUCAGCCAACAAAGGGAUGGAAGCUGUGCAGGGUAGUAAUGCCAUAGACCCUAUGGAGGGCAAAGGUAUAUUGGCACCACAGCCCAUGCAAGUUCCGCCACCUCCUCCACCACUUCCUCAUCAUAUGUCACAACUUAAACGGGGCAAGUUCCACUCUGGUGAUAUGGGUCGUGAAGGACAAGGGUUUGGGUGGCAGCAAGAGAACCGUGAUGGCUUUGCAGGAAGCCAGGACUAGAAUUUGCUUGUAAUUUUGUGGUUAACUUAUGAUCUUUUCUGCUUUUGGGUCUUUGAUUAAGCUUUGUAAUGGGCUGUCAAUUUCUUAAGAGCAUUCUACCCCCGUCUAUAUGAUUUAGAUAUAGUUUUGCAAAUUAAUGAUUUGCAUCUAGGUUCUUCAAUGGAAAACUUCCCUUUCUCCACUGCUUUUGGUUUGGUUGGGAUCUGAUUAUUCCUCAGGUUUUGAGCCAUUUCAGGCGUAGUUUGAAUAUCAUGACAGGCGAACUUUCCUACAUUAAUUCGUAUGCCAUUAACGAAAACUCAAAAGAACAAAAUUUGGUUACAGCUGUAACAUUAACAUGAAGAUUAGAAGUUCACGGGCUUGAAAAAUGGGGAUCACAAAUAUUUGAUCCCAUUUAGAAUUUACAUUUAGCUAAAAUGUCUUUUAAAAGUAAAAACUAUAUUUCCUUGUAUAAAUGUUCCUCAACCAUUCAUUUCACCGAAGAUAAUUUCAUUGAUUGGUAGCUUAGCUUCCAUAACAUCUCUCUGGUCAAAGCCAAUGAACUCACAUGCCGGAAACAAUAAUACAGAGAGGGAAAAUAUCAUCUUAGAAAAAGAAAAUGCAUUUCUCCACA